AUGUCUGUUCUUUCGCCACUGAGUGACAAUGAAAGUGCACCGGAAGCGUUAGACAUUUUCAAGCUUUACCCUAACCAAGUUGCUAUUCAGAACUUCUUUUUAGAGGACAUCAGACCAGUAAGCCAGUUCACGGGAGUAGCCGCCCCGCUCGAGUUUGAAACAUCACUUCAAGGGGACUCAUACUGUGAACUUCCGUCGUGCAGGCUGUUUUUAAGGGUGCGAAUUCUACAUGCAGACGGCACACGAUGUGAUGAUAACGUGAAAAUAUCACCCUGUGACGCUUUUUUCCACUCAAUGUUUAAAAAAGUGGACGUGUACAUGAACAGGACACUGGUUAGUUCCUCUGGCGAUCUAUAUCCUUACAAAAGUUACUUUAACAAGUUGUUUAGGCGCGACCUGAGCAAGGGAAAUGGGAAAAAAUCAGACUGCGAGCUCUUUACAGGAAAUGAUGGAGGAUUCCCAGCUGAAACAAACCCUAACGGAGGAAACUAUGGACUGUUCAAGCGAUACAAUGUUAGUCGGGGAUCGAGACCAUUCGACCUGGUGGGAUUACCAUUAAAUGAUAUCAUGGAACUCGACCGUUAUCUCAUUAACGGUGUUCACCUUAGAUUAGUUCUUCACCGGAACAAUGUAGAUUUCUGUCUGCUUAGUGGAGAAGAUAAUGCUCAGGGUGGAUAUCGUUUGAAAAUUGAAGAUGCAUUUUUACGACUUAUGAAAGUGAAAGUAAAUCCUGCGAUUUUGUUAGCGCACUCUAAGCUAUUGAAGAAUGUCACUGCUAAGUAUCCGUAUAUUCGUUCAGAGACAAAAUGUGCAAACAUUGCCAGUGGCCAAAGUAUUUUUACAUGGGAUCACAUAAAUGCUGGUUACCUGCCAAAGUUCGUGAUUGUCACGUUUGUAGACAGUGCCGCUGUGUUGGGCUCGCUUAGGUUGAAUCCGUUUAAUAUGGAACAUUUUGAUUUGCGACAAAUCAGUCUUUACAUCAACGGUGUAGCAUGUUCUGGGAACCCAGUAAAUGUCAGUUACGAUGAGGAUCUCACUGCAGAAGUUUUAGACCGAAUAUAUGGUUUUCGGAAGUCCAGGCCCUUGUACACUGCCAUGGGUGGUAUAAGCAACAAGGAACGAGAUUUGUGUGAGAUAGGCAAGUCAGAACUCAAGAAUGGAUCUGCUAUAUAUGUCUUUGACCUUUCACCUGUCGUAGACGAAGGUUUUCAUUUUGAACUACUGAACAGUGGAACACUUUCACUGCAGGUGAAAUUUGGUAGUUCCCUUGCUCAAAAUGUUGCAUGUAUAGUCUACGCAGAAUACGAUGCCUUAAUGGAAAUAGACGACUCCCGUAUUGUGAAGAUUGUUUAA